AAAAGCCUUAAUUUUGUAAAAAAAAGUCGGUUUUACCCUCCGACGGGUUUUUGUGUCAUUAAUGCCGCAUACUUGUCUCACUUUUUGCGUUUAUGCCAAAUACCCGGUUGCAAGAGGGUUUACCGGUUACCCCUCUACUUACCCCUCAACUUUUCCAACCAUUUCUUAACUAAUGAAGAAAUUAACCCCGUUUGGUAAACGUUAGACAUAGAGCUCCACACCCUCUCUCCGAAGCGUCAACUCAAUCGCAGUCAAUCGUAGUCUACUGAGAAAAAUCUUGGGCUUUUGGAAGGGAAUCAUCACGAAAUUUGGGUAUUUGAAGAGGAUUAGGUCUACAUUGUUGGUAUCGUUGUUCUAGCAGGAAGAUAGUUGGGUGAUAGUCUCGUUGAGUUGUUGAACCAGUAACUGUAAUGGCUUCAUCGGAUGACGUUUUCAAAGAACUAUUUGCUAGUAUAUACGAGCCCUUCUCUGGACUAAAUGAGAUGGAUUAUGAGCUCCAUGGUAUUUAUAUGGAUCACGAACCAGAGCAUGAGUUCGUGACUGCGCUUGAUAAAUGUAGGGACGUCUUUCUCAAUGUUCUACUUAGUGAUGAAAACUUAAGGAAUUCAAGAAUGGCUGAUGAAAUCAGAGCACAAGUUUAUCAUGCUAAUGAAUGGCAAAGUGAUGAAGAAGGUGAACAAGAGGCGGUGAAGAAUAAGUACAGAAUUCAUGAUCCAAACACACCAUGGGAUAAGAUGGAACCUAAGGUAGGUGAUAUGUUUGAGUCUCCUACACAACUUAAGUUUUGUAUUCAAAAUUAUAGGGUGUCAAAUGGAUAUCAGAUAUACUUUGAAAAAUGUGAUAAAACUAGACUAGUUGCAAGAUGUGGGAAGAGGACAGAGAUGAAUGAUUGUCCUUUCAGAUUGUAUGCUGGAUGGAUGUACAAUGAAAAAUCAUUUCAAGUUAAAAAUUUGGUUGGAGAGCAUCGUUGCAGUAGGAAGUUCAAAUUUGGAAGUCUUGUUUCCCCUGAAUGGAUAGGUAGGCAUUACAUUACUGAAAUUGCAAACACACCUAAGAUGAAACUUAGGGACAUGAUUGCCGAUAUCAAACAAAGGUUGAGAUGUGUAGUAUCCAUUGGGCAAGUCCGUAGGGCAAAAAAAUGGGCCACUGAGUUGAUUGAAGGAAAACUAACUGAACAUUAUGCUAGGGUAUGGGAUUAUGCUGAUGAAUUAUUAAGGUCCAACCCAGGUUCAACAUGCAAAGUUAGUGUCACUGUCAAUCCAGAUGGGAAGAACUACUUCCACAAAUUUUACAUUGGUUUCAAAGCUUUAAGUGAUGGAUGGAAAUUAGGGUGUAGAAGAGUAAUUGGUUUGGAUGGAUGCUUCCUGAAAGGACAGGUGAAGGGUGAGUUGUUGAUUGCCAUUGGUAGAGAUGCUAAUAACCAGGUGUAUCCUAUAGCAUGGGCUGUUGUUGAUGUUGAAAACAAGCCUAACUGGACUUGGUUUAUUGAGCUUCUUAGAGAUAGUGUAGACCUUCAUGAUGGCAGAGGAUUGGUGGUGAUAUCUGACCAACAUAAGGGAUUGGUUGAAGCUGUAAAAGAUAUACUCCCAAAUGUUGAGCACAGGCAAUGUGCCAGGCAUGUUUAUGCCAAUUUCAAGAAAGCAUACACAGGGUUGGAGUUCAAGAAAUUAUUUUGGGCUGCAUCAAUGAGUUGUGUAGAAAGUGACUUUAUGAGGCACAUGGAAACCAUCAAGAAGUUGAGCCCAUCUGCAUAUGAGUACUUGAUGUCAAGACAACCAAAAACAUGGUGUAGAGCUUACUUUGAUAGGGGUUAUGCGUGUGAAGCAGUUGAGAAUGGAAUCUCUGAGUGUUUCAACUCAAUCAUUGUUGAUGCUAGGAAAAAACCCCUUAUCACAAUGCUUGAGGAGAUCAGGAUAUAUAUAAUGGACAGGUUUUCCCACAUGAUAGAGGAAAAUGUUAAAUGGAAAUCAAAUGUUUGUCCUGCUAUACUUAGGAAAAUGCAGUUGUUUGGGAAAAAUAUGAGGUUAUGGGUUGUAGUUCAUAGUCAAGGACAUGUUUUUGAAGCUAGAAGAGGAUGUGACAGCUAUAUGGUGGACUUGGACAGCAGGACUUGCAGUUGCAGAUUAUGGGAUUUGUCUGGGAUCCCAUGUGUACAUGCAAAUGCAGCCAUCAACUACAUCAAUCAAACACCAGAUGUAUAUAUUGAUGGGUACUUUUCAAAGGAAAAUUUUAAAAAGUCUUACUCCUCUAAUAUAAAACCAGUGAAUGGGAGUAAUCUUUGGAGCCAAACUGGAUUCAUAAAGCCAUUGCCUCCUUUGGCUAGGAGAAUGCCAGGUAGGCCUACUACCAAAAGGAAGAGGCAUGCUAGUGAGCAAGAGGGGAGGUUUUCAUCAACAAGGGUAUUUGUACCAAGAAUAGUAAGAUGUGGGAAAUGCUUAGAGUAUGGCCAUAAUCAAAAAAGUUGUAAGAAUGAGAAAAAAACCAGUAGUACCCUUGCUACCAAAGAAAAGAGGCAGACCAAGGAAACAUCCAUUGUUAACUGAAUAUGAUGAGUCAUUAAGAGCUUCUCAAUCCAGUCAGCCUCCAAUGUAGAAAAACAAGUCAAAGAAAGAAGCAUCAAGUUCCAAGGUUUUAAAAGCCUCAAGGUCCAAAAAAGAAGCAACUGAAUUUGAUGAAUCAUUAA